GGUUGUACCCGACAAAGACAUUCAUCCUUCUCUGUUCCCGCCCUAACUAAUCUCUCAUCUUUCCUUCUCUCACAGGAAUCAUCUGUUUUAAAAAACUUGUGAUGGGAACAUGGAAGAAGAAAAACAGUAAGAACAAAGUUUGCUACAUAUCAAUCCCAUUCCCAGCUCAGAUCAUAAAGUCAGUUUCUUCAUCGUCUCUUUCAAAGAGGAACACAACAACCAAGUUCUUCUCUCUGUUCCUACGAAACCCAAAGCUCUUUGCUUUCUGUCUCCUCUCACUUUCUGUUUUGGGAAUUUUAUCACGACUUAGUCAUUGUCUUUCUCCUCAAGAAAGUCAACUCCAGAGCUCGGAUUCAACCCGAUCAAACACUACUCAUGCCGACGAUCGAUCUUCAGAUAGGAUUACAAAACCAUCAGUGGCUGUUGUGGGGAAGAAUGAGACCUUUGGUGGUAAAGAUCCAAAGCUGAUCAUCCCCUCUAGACAUGUUUUGGACGAUGAGUUCUGGAAACAGCCUGAUGGGUUAGGAUACAAGCCAUGCCUUGAUUUCAGCGCUGCGUACAGGAGAGAGAGUAGGAAGAUUGUUAGAGAGAGGAGAAAGUAUCUGAUGGUGGUUGUCUCUGGUGGGAUGAACCAGCAGAAGAAUCAGAUUGUGGAUGCAGUUGUGAUCGCCAGGAUUCUUGGUGCUGUUCUUGUCGUCCCAGUAUUGCAAGUCAAUCUCAUCUGGGGUGACGAGAGUGAGUUUUCAGAUAUAUUUGAUUUAGAGAGAUUCAAGAGUGUUUUAGCAAACGAUGUGAAGAUAGUUUCUUUGCUGCCGGCAAAUAAAAUAAUGACUAGACCAACAGAAGAUGGUGGUAUGCCUUUCCACGCCUCUCCUCAAUGGAUCCGUUCACACUAUCUAAAGCGAUUUAACAGGGAUGGAGUUCUGCUUUUAAGGAGAUUGGAUUCAAGAUUGUCUAAAGACUUACCCUCUGAUCUCCAGAAGCUCCGUUGUAAGGUAGCAUUUGAAGCACUGAAGUUUUCACCAAGUGUUAUGGAUAUGGGGAAGAAGCUUGCAGAGAGGAUGAGAAGCAAAGGUCCUUACAUUGCACUUCAUCUUCGGUUGGAGAAAGACGUGUGGGUGAGAACAGGUUGCCUUUCUGGUUUGAGCUCAAAGUAUGAUGAGAUUGCAAGACUAGAAGGGAUUAAGCGGCCUGAGCUCUUAACAGCCAAGUCUAGCAUGACACCUAACGAGAGGAAACUCGCGGGUCUAUGUCCAUUAAAUGCCAAGGAAGUAACAAGGCUGCUUAGAGGACUUGGAGCACCGAGAGAUGCGAGGAUCUAUUGGGCGGGAGGGGAACCUCUUGGUGGAAAGGAAGCUCUGAAACCGUUAACAAGUCAAUUCCCACAUCUUUACAACAAAUACGAUAUUGCAUUGCCACAUGAACUCAAACCUUUCGCAAAACGAGCUUCGAUCAUGGCAGCGAUCGACUAUAUAGUCUGCAAGGAGAGUGAUGUGUUCAUGGCAUCUCACGGAGGGAACAUGGGCCGCGCGAUUCAGGGUCAUAGAGCUUAUGAAGGACACAGAAAGCUUAUCACACCGAACAAAAGGCAAAUGCUCCCAUACUUUUUGAACACAUCAAUGACUGAAACAGAGUUUGAGAAGAUGAUAAAGAAACUACACAGACAGUCUCUAGGACAACCAGAACUGAGGAUUAGCAAAGCUGGAAGAGAUGUUACAAAGUAUCCUGUUCCUGAGUGUAUGUGCAAUAAUCAAACCACUCCCACUAUUUAAACCUUCUAUUUUUUUUGGUUGCACAUAAGAUUGUAAGACAAAUAUGAUUAUUAUCAAUUUUCUAAUGAGCGCUUUUUACUAAUGAAACUAGAGAACCUACUUUUUCAUUAACAAGAUUAUAUUAGGCAAAAGGAAUAAAGAAGCAUCAAAAUUCAUAACCCAAGAGAUUGAACUGAUUUCACAUAGAGGCAGAAACAUAAUGCUUAUUGAACAGAAAAGCUCAAAGUCUUA